AUGAAGAUAUACUCGAUAUCCAUUGUCCUCGCUCCCCCAUCUGGUUCAUCCGUGGUGUUGAGUUCGGCCACGGACCUAUCCUCCUACAGCUUCUACCAGAGGGGCUCAAUUGGAGAGUUCAUUACUUUCCUCACCAAGACUGUCGUAGACCGCACACCGCAAGGACAGCGUCAGACUGUGCAAGAGCAGAGUCAUGUUGCCCACGUGUAUAAUCGUGGAGGUGCUGAGCAGCUCGCAGCUGUCAUAAUUACGGACCAAGAGUACCCUGUCCGACCUGCGUUCUCACUGCUCACGAAGAUCCUUGAUGAUUUCACUGCCAAGGUGCCUCAAUCGUCGUUCAGCAGCCCUUCCUCCAUUUCGUUCCCGGAAAUCAACACGUACAUCGAGAAAUAUCAAGAUCCACGACAGGCAGAUACGAUUAUGCGUGUGCAGCAGGAGCUUGAUGAGACUAAGAUUGUUUUGCAUAAAACAAUAGAAUCGGUACUCCAGCGGGGAGAGAAGCUGGACAACCUCGUGGAGCGGUCGAAUGCGCUGUCGAUGCAGAGCAAGAUGUUCUACAAGACAGCAAAGAAGCAAAACUCUUGUUGCGUUAUCAUGUGA